CGCCGUCAUGGCGUCGGCGGAGCAGGCUCUGAACUCGUUGGUCACGGAGCUGUACGAGGUGCAGGCUUUCAAGUUCGGGGACUUUGUGCUGAAGAGCGGGCUGUCUUCCCCCGUGUACAUCGACCUGCGGGGCAUCGUGUCUCGGCCCCGGCUGCUGAGUCAGGUUGCACAGAUUUUAUUCCAAACUGCCCAGAAUGCAGGGAUCAGUUUUGAUACCGUAUGUGGAGUACCUUAUACAGCUUUACCAAUGGCUACAGUCAUCUGUUCAACCAAUCAAAUUCCAAUGCUUAUUAGAAGAAAAGAAACAAAGGAUUAUGGUACUAAGCGUCUUGUAGAAGGGGCUGUAAAUCCAGGAGAAACCUGUUUGAUUAUUGAAGAUGUUGUUACCAGUGGAUCUAGUGUUUUGGAAACUGUUGAGGUGCUUCAGAAGGAGGGUUUAAAGGUAACUGAUGCUAUCGUGCUCCUUGAUAGAGAGCAAGGAGGCAAGGACAAGUUGGAGGCUCAGGGGAUCCAUCUCCACUCAGUGUGUACAUUGUCCAAAAUGCUGGAGAUUCUCGAACAACAGAAGAAAAUUAAUACUGAGAUGGUUGAGAGAGUGAAGAGAUUUAUUCAAGAGAAUGUUUUUAUGGCAGCUAAUAAUGCUUUGCUCCCUUCUGUAAAGAAAGCCCCCAAAGAACUCACCUUUGGAGCACGUGCAGAGCUGCCCGGCAUUCACCCAGUGGCAUCCAGACUUCUCAGGCUUAUGCAAAAGAAGAAAACCAACCUGUGCCUUUCUGCUGAUAUUUCAGAGUCCAGGGAGCUAUUGCAGCUAGCAGAUACUCUAGGACCUAGCAUCUGCAUGCUUAAGACUCACGUCGACAUUUUGAAUGAUUUCACUUUGGAUGUGACAAAGGAGUUAAUAGCUCUGGCACAACGCCACGAGUUCUUAAUAUUUGAAGACCGGAAAUUUGCAGAUAUAGGAAACACAGUAAAAAAGCAGUAUGAAGGUGGUGUCUUUAAAAUAGCUUCCUGGGCAGAUCUAGUAAAUGCUCAUGUUGUUCCGGGCUCAGGAGUUGUGAAAGGUCUGCAAGAAAUAGGCCUACCCUUGCAUCGGGGGUGUUUGCUCAUCGCGGAAAUGAGCUCUGAAGGCUCUUUGGCCACAGGGAGCUACACAAAAGCGGCGGUCAGCAUGGCUGAGGAACAUCCUGAGUUUGUGAUUGGUUUCAUUUCUGGCUCCCGAGUAAGCAUGAAACCUGAAUUUCUUCACUUGACUCCAGGAGUUCAGUUAGAAGCAGGAGGUGAUAACCUUGGCCAGCAAUACAAUAGCCCACAAGAAGUUAUUGGCAAACGAGGUUCGGAUAUUAUAAUUGUAGGCCGGGGCAUAAUAACAGCUGCUAACUGUCUGGAAGCAGCGGAGAUGUACAGGAAAGCUGCUUGGGAUGCUUAUCUGAGUAGAGUUGCAGAAUGAAUGCCUCAAAUAUUUUCCUAAAAGCAUUGAAGAUACCUGGGACUCAUGCAAUGUACUGCUUUGAAAUAACACAAUCUUCACUAUGCUUGGAGUCUUCCAUUGAUCUUGUUUUGGAAGAUAACUGAAAUUACAGUCUUGAAGAAUUAUUGGACAAUUUAUAAAUCACUGACUUGUUACUA